AUGGCCCCCGGAAAGAAGCACCGGCCAAAGGUGUCCAAGGAAGUCGUUGCCUGGGAGCGCGAGCCAGACUUUGACACCAGGGUUAAGACUGUCCCAGUGGAUUUCCCCGAGUUCCAGCUCGCGCUCAGCAAAUACCCGCAGUGUGAGUUGGAGCGCAACCGGGAGAUCGUCCGCCGGGCUCUGAGCGACAGUGAACAGCCGCACUGGCUCCCUGACACGUAUAUGCUCGUGAAGUUUCGCUGGGAGAACCCGAUCUGUCAGUACUGCCGGAGAAAGCCCCGUAUUCCGCGCCGGGAGACGGACGUGAGGCUCAAGAAGUGCACCGCGUGCCAUUUAGUGUGGUACUGCAGCAAGGAGUGUCAGAAGGCAGACUGGGUGAAGGCCCACAAGCAGUGGUGUACUAACCUCCCAAACGUGACCGAAGUAGACCCAACCUGUCCCUACAAGAUGGCCGUUGGCUUAGCCGAAGUUCCAAACGACAACAGUUCAGCUGGGGGAAGGACAGGUACCAUCAUGGCAUGGAUCCCUGAAGGAGGAACUUCCAAAGAUAUCCGCACCCGGCGCUAG